GUCAAUGUACGUCAACCAGAGAACAUGAUGCCUCUUGCAAGUAACUCGUGUGCUCUGGCUGAUAGAGGUGCCCAAGACUGAAAUAUUAUAGCUCUAUUGUAUUGAAGAACGUGGCGUGACAGCCCGGGCAAAUGACUUGCUUCGUCUCGCUCCGCUGAAGAAGAGUUGGCCCCUUUAAUGUUCAAGCCGGGCCGGGCUACACAGAAAUCAACUUUGUCCUUUAUUAAUGGACGUAUUUCUGGCGGCAGUAGUGGCGGAGGCGGCGGCGGGCGGUUUGUUUUCCUUUCCUCGUUAUCUGUAGCGCUCCAGUCGGCGAGCCCCGUCCCUGCCCGUGUUGUCUGGCUCCCGUCUGCUCCUCCACCAGUCCCGUGUAGACCAGCAUGGUCAUGGCUGACACGCUCCAGAAACCAGCCGUACGGGGUCCCGUCCGCGUGGGCUUCUAUGACAUCGAGCGCACCCUAGGAAAGGGCAACUUCGCGGUGGUGAAGCUGGCUCGACAUCGGAUCACCAAAACCGAGGUGGCCAUCAAGAUAAUCGACAAGACCCAGCUGGAUGCUGUUAACCUGGAGAAGAUCUACAGAGAGGUCCAGAUCAUGAAGAUGCUGGACCAUCAACACAUUAUAAAGCUGUACCAGGUAAUGGAAACAAAGAACAUGCUCUACUUAGUAACGGAGUACGCCAAGAAUGGAGAGAUCUUUGACUACCUGGCGAAGCACGGCCGUCUGAGCGAGCUGGAGGCCAGGAGGAAAUUCUGGCAGAUCCUGUCUGCUGUGGAAUAUUGUCACAACCGCAACAUUGUCCACAGAGACCUGAAGGCCGAGAACCUGUUGCUGGACGGACACAUGAACAUUAAGAUAGCAGACUUUGGCUUCGGGAACUUCUUCCAUCCCGGGGAGCCUCUGGCCACGUGGUGCGGAAGCCCCCCCUACGCGGCCCCCGAAGUCUUUGAGGGCCAGCAGUACGAGGGGCCCCAGCUGGACAUCUGGAGCAUGGGGGUGGUGCUGUACGUGCUGGUGUGCGGGGCCCUGCCCUUUGACGGCCCUACCCUGCCCGUCCUGAGGCAGAGAGUCCUAGAAGGUCGCUUCCGGAUCCCCUACUUUAUGACCGAAGACUGUGAACACCUGAUCCGCAGGAUGCUGGUGCUGGACCCGUCCAAGCGUCUGUCCGUGGCCCAGAUCAAGGAGCACAAGUGGAUGCUGCUGGACGUGCCGGUGCAGCGGCCCAUGCUGUACCAGCCGGCCGCGCCCAACGAGGGGGAGGCGGGCGUGGGGGAGUACAGCGAGCAGGUCCUCCGUCUGAUGCACAGCCUGGGCGUGGACCAGCACAAGACCGUUGAGUCGUUGCAGAACAAAAGCUACAACCACUUUGCGGCCAUCUACUACCUGCUGGUGGAGCGGCUCAAGGCCCACCGCUGCAGCUUCCCCGUGGAGCAGAGGCUGGACCCGCGCCAGAGACGGCCCAGCACCAUCGCCGAGCAGACCGUCGCCAAGUCCACCAGUGGGCCGAGCCAGGUCGGAGUGCUCCCCCAGGGAGUCCGGCUCCUGCGGUCCCCCGCUCUGUCCCAGGCCUCCUCCGACACCUCCUUCGCCUUCCCCCAGGCCUGCCCCCCUGAGCACCACUUCAUGGCUGAAGACGUCACCACCCCCAAAGUGAACGGCUGCCUUCUGGAGCCUCUGCCCCCCCCGGCCGUCCUCCGCAAGUCCUCCACCUCGUCGCCUAGCAACAUGAUGGAGACGUCCAUCGACGAGGGCAUCGAGACGGAGGAGCCCGACGCCGAGGACGACCCCGCCCACCUGCUCUCGGCCUAUCAGACGGCUCGCUUCGGCCAGCGGAGGCACACGCUCUCUGAGGUCACCAACCAGCCGGGGGCUUCCAGCCAAGGGAAACUGUAUACCCUGGGCCACAACCCGUCGCUGGGCAGCGUGGACUCGGACAUGGGCUACGACAUGGGCUCGGUGCACAGCGACCUCAGCCUGCUGGAGGACGCGCCCUCCCUCAGUGAAGUGGUGCUGGCCACCGGCCCCGCCCCGCGCCAGUCCCCCGGCGCCUUCCUCAACGCCCGCCCCGCCAACCCCGCCAUGGCCGCCCUGACCUCCCAGCGCAGAGAGACCCACAAUCGCUCGCCCAUCAGCUUCAGGGAGGGCAGACGAGCCUCUGACACCUCACUCACCCAGGGUCUGGUGGCGUUCCGGCAGCACCUCCAGAACCUGGCCCGGACCAAAGGCAUCCUGGAGCUGAAUAAGGUCCAGAUGUUGGUGGAGCAGAUGGGCUCCGGCGAGGGGGCCGGCCCUGCGGGUCCCCUCGGGCCACAGCAACACUUGCACAACCUCCUGGAGGGCGAGGCAUCCAGGCAACAGGAUGGCCAGGCCCUGUACCAGGGGGGCCCCCAGCUCCUGUCCCGCAGACAGAGCCUAGAGACGCAGUACCUCUCCCACAGACUGCAGGCCAACGCGCUGGCCAACAGCCCCGCCAGCUGCCAGCUCUUCUGCACGGAGACGCCCCGCAGCCUGGAGCAGCAGCUCCAGCAGCACAGGUUGCACCAGAAGAGGAUGUACCUACAGCAGCAGCCUCAGAGCGCCGGGCUGCAGUCCUACUUCAACCAGAUGCAGAUCGCCGAGGGCUCCUUCCCCCCUGGCGCCGCGCCGGUCUGCUCCCCCCAGGGCCCCGCCAUGCCCCCCAUGGGACCCUCUCAGACCCCGCCCCAUCAGCACAUCGGCCCCCAGCCCUCGUCCUCGUUCCACCAGCAGCCCGCCGGCCUGCUCCCCCUGGUGGAGCCCGGGGAGGGCAUGGUGUUCGACCCCUACAUGAGCCACCACCACUACCCCCAGCAGCAGCAGCAGCAGCAGCAGCAGCACCCCCUCCACCUCCACCCCCACCACCAGCUCCCCGUGGAGCCCCCGUCCCUGGGCUACGGCAGCUACCCCUCCUGCUGUGAGCAGCAGACCCCUGGACCCUCCGCUGAGGCACUUUACGCAGAGCAGUACGACUUCUCCCUGGACCCCGGGCAGCCGGCGCCUCGCUCCAUGGUGGGGGGGUACGGCGACGGGGGUCUGGCCAUGGCGGGGCCGGGGCACUACGACCCCCUGACCCUGCCCCCCGAGCUCCAGGACCCCCUGCUGGACGGCGAGAUGAUGGAUACGGUGGACUCCCAGCACGGCUUCGUCAUGGUCAACUGAAGCCCGGCCGGAGGGAGCGGGCGGCGUGAUUCUGUGGGGAGCUGGUGAAGCUGUGUGCCGCAUUACGGCGGUCAGCAAGAUGAGGGCUGGGGGGGGGGGCAACGGGGGGUAGAGGCGUAGAAGAAGGAAAAAACGUGUACGACUAAAAUACUGACUCCUCGUUUCUUAGUGAACCUCAGAAGAAGACUCCUCUACCAAAACCUCCCUCAGCCUACCUACCCCUCUCCUCCUUGGUUGAAGUCAUGCCCGGCCCCUACCUCUUCCCCACCUCCCUCCCUACCCCCAACGUAUACCUAGGUAGGGUGGUGGUGGUGUCGGGACAGGACGCAGCCUGUGGAUGGUGCAGCUGAUCCCAUUAGGUGUCUGUGGGGGGGGGGCUUAUCUGGAACCAAAAGCACAGCAGCUUAACGGCACAUUUUCUCUUGCGAGUAGGACGUCAACAACGCCAGGACACAGAACAUUUGUAGAAUAAUUUCGAGAUGCAUUCAUUUUCUUUGUUUGAAAGGAAUGAGUCACUUGCUUGUUUAUCAUGCCACCUUGUCCUGCAAGAUGCCCAUAGUGGGUACUUUUGAAUAAUAAUAAUAAUAAUAAUAAUAAUAUAGGUUUCACGACUACAUUUACAAAAUGUUUGAAGCAUUACAUUUCACCGCCUUCUUUCUUAUAUGAAUAUGCUGAACUUUGUUUGAUUAGAACAAACAACUGCUUAUUGCCUCUGUUAUAUAUGCAUAUGAUUGACGGACAAUGGACAGAUUCAGUGAGCAGUAGUUUCAUUUCUGAAUACUUUCCUUUCUGCUUUCCAUUGAACUACUGAACCACAUUGAACUCUUACACUACUGAACAGUGUUCAUACCAUUUGAUUGGAGGUGAGGUUUCCUAAGCAGAAGUGAUUACCUGUCAGCACACAUAUAUCGGCGGCAUGGGCUUCACUUUUAUUUGAAGAGAUCCAGCGGAGCACAUGUUGACCUGAUGAACGGAGGGCAAGGGCUUGAAUUGUUCAUGCGUGCUGGGUGAAGAAGUCGCGGUGUUCAUUAGUCAAUAUCAAUCUGUUUUUCUGGCAAUAUUGAAGCAAUAUUAGCUCGUGAUAUUAAACGAUUGUACAAAAAAAAAACGAAUGGGUAAAGGAGGCCUCAUCUGUACAGCCAAUUCUGAUUGGUUGUGGUGAACUCUGAGUCAUCGGCGACAACAAGACUUGAGCUGAUGAUGUAACCGAGAUAUAUUAUUUUCACUCCCCCUGCAAGUGCAGAUAUAAGCUUGGGUUGUGGUUGGGGGGGACGCUGUGUCAAGCGUGUGUUUGCAGCUCUGUCUGCCUGCCUGACUGAAAUUGUCUCAAGGCUUACUCCACUUCCCAUUCAAACUGUAGAACAUGUCACAUGGGUGCUGCAGAUACACCUAUCUACAUUUCAGUCGACAUACCUCCUCCCCUGAUGCACAGUUGUAGCCUACAAGUGAUUAUUUUAAUCCAAUAACCUCCUGCCCCUCUCCUCCCUUUUACAGUAAUACCCCGUUUUUUUUGUUAAUGAUGAAAUGGUGUUUCUGUGGAAUAAUGUUGGCAUUAAUGGAAUUAACACCGUAAAGAUUCUCUUAAUAGGAUUAGAUGAAGGAAUGUUUUCCCUCUUUGCUCAGGGGGCUGCUGUAAGACAAACACCAGAAAGACAUUGGUCACCUGACACUGGAUUUAGCCAAGGGGCUCACAAUUGCUCUUUGACUGACAGCAAGCCUGCGACAGGGAGGCAAAUUGUAUUGUUUUUCAAAGCACUUGGAUUUUUUUCAAUGUACUUGAAGCGCACAGAUUUCCGUUCUCUGAAAAUGUUGCUUUUAUUGGAACGUAUCGAAAAUGGUGAUUGGGUUGAGCCUUUAUUAAAUGGCAGCCACAUUAGUAGUAAAGAUCUUUGGGGUUUAUCGCUUAAACACGUUGAGGCUGUCUGUAGUCUGAAUAGUAUGAGUCAGACAGGGCCACCGCUUGCGCGCAGUUAUCUGGACUGACGCAAGUACUUAAGGUGUUCAAAAUCAAACUGGGAACGCAGCAACUUUUCUAUUAUGUGUGAAUUCCGUGUGGUUUCUAGUCAACAGUCCUUACCGUGGAUCAUAGAAGACACUUCGAACCAACAGUAGUACUGUCCCAUCACAGAUCCUUUAUUUUUGUUCAGGUUAGACUAGAGACCUACAUGGCAAUCUGUGGAAGUAAAAAUACUAGAGCACUUUGACGUGGCAGGGGAAGAGGAGACACUGCGUGAGUGGAAGUGAUGGUGGUGGAGGAGGAGCGAGCAUGUUGGUUUACCGUUUCCUGGUGGAUGAAACCAAACCCAAAUCUGUAGGAAACACAUUUGUCCUCUGUCUAACCCAGAUAAUGGACACAAAAAAUCAUUUUCUCAAAGAAAUGACCAGAUUUGGUUGGACCGAUUGUUGCUUUGUUAAGUCCCAAGAGAGGGGGAUGUCUGCAGCAAUGGGUUAAAGUAAUUGUGCUUUUGUACAAAUUAGAAGGUUUAGUGAAUCUUGUAACACUCAUGGAGUGCACCGAAGGUUUGAGUUUUUGUGUUGAACCUGAAUCGUGUUCAGUGUGCCUUUUUACUUUUCUUUUAUAUAGUAUAAAUUAAAUCAACAGCGUUAUAGACCCUUUUCAUUACGUUUAUUUCUUUUAUUUCCAGAACCACGUAGAGUAUGGUUUUACAAAAAGGUACAAAACCAAAGUUAUAGUCCCAGAAGCUCCCCUGGAUCCCAACCGUGUGGUGUUCCGGAAGCUUCCCUGAAGCACCACAUUAUGGUGUUCCAGAAGCUUCCCUGGACAACCACCGUGUGGGGUUCCAGAAGCUUACCUGGAAUACCACCGUGUGGCGUUCCAGAAGCUUAUAGAUCAGUCCAGCCACCAUGCUUUCUCUUGUCGCUUGUUCAGUAUAUGCCAUUUAAAAGUAUUAGAGCAAUAUUUCUCAAGAUGGAGACAAAAGAAAAAUUGAUUAUAGUUGGACAUCUUUCCAAGUAUCAUGAUUGCACCUCCUGUUGAACAAAGACAUCAAUGUUAUCAAUAGAAAUCCAGUUUUAUAUUUACCUUUGUUGAUGUUGACCACACAUAAGCUACCUUGCUGUUGAGAUUAAAAAGGUUUAUUGAACAUAAA